AUGGCGUUUCCGUCAGAUUCCCUACAUUCUGCUAGGGAGUCAGAAAACCGCUUCGCACGUAUCACAACAGACGAUCACAGUGCGCCACUCUGGAUAGCUACAAUACUAUCACUCAUCUACGCUGUCCUGAUUCUGGCAGUUCGUCUGGGAUUCACGAAAUGGAAAGCGCAUACCCUUGACGAUAUCGUCGUUACGAUUGCACAUCUUGUUGGAUUUACCAUGUGGGGAUCGCUAUUCACAUCGCUCGAUAAUGGCUUAGGAAAAUCAUACGCUAUACUUCAUGAUGCAGAGGUAUCAAGAAUGCAGCAGGUUCCAUGGCUAAGAGUGCUUGGUGCAGGCGACGUUCUUACGGAGACAGUGAUCAUCAUCAUACCGAUGGUGGGCUUCCACGGUUCUCUCAUGUCUAACAAACGUAAAGCCAUCGUUAUGUUGGCCUUCUCUACCAGGAUACCAAACAUAGUGUUUGCCAUCAUGCACCUGAUCACGCACUCCAAGUUCAUCGACAGUCAUCAGCCGGCCAUGAGCAUCGUCCCGACCGCCGCGUGGCAAAGCGUCCUUCUCUCCUACAACCUCAUGUCCGCAACGUCUCCGCUGCUGAAAGGGUUCACCGAGGGAUUCAUGACUGCGGGUAGCGAUAAUGAUGGCUCAUUCAUGUCUCGAACUGUUGCAGGUCUUUCUUUUUCCGCAACGCGGCCCUCUACUUGCACUUCCUCUAAGCUAAUGAAAUCCGGCUACGAACCUGGGCUUGCCACAUCUCAAUCAUCGAGUGUGAGCGCCAACACAUCGAAAUCUGAUGGGCAUGAUGGGCAUGGGAAGGCUAAAAGACUUUCUCGUGACCUGCAACUCGAGACACAGGCAGAUGCAACGACCCCUCAUGUCAACGACAUUGAACAAGCCAAGGCUGCGGAUCAGCCAGUGACAUGGAGUGCGCUACCCCGAAAAGAUCAACUCCUAGUGUUGAUGCUUGCCCGUCUCUCUGAACCAUUGACGCAAACCUCAUUGGGCGCAUACCUCUAUUACCAACUCCAAUCCUUCGAUCCGUCGCUACCAGAGUCUACUAUCUCAUAUCAAGCGGGAGUCAUCGGUGCAGCAUUCCCGGCGACGCAGUUCAUGACCGCCAUGCUGUGGGGUCGUUUUUCAGACUCUGAGUACGGCGGCCGAAAAAGAACCAUUUAUCUUGGACUGCUUGGUUCAAUGCUAAGCAUUAUUGGCUUUGGAUUCUCGCGUAAUUUCACCAUGGCAGUGACUUUCAGAUGCCUCGGAGGCAUAUUAAAUGGUAAUGUUGGAGUUAUGAGAACCAUGAUCAGUGAGAUCAUCAAGGAAAGAAAGUACCAGAGUAGAGCUUUUCUGAUCUUGCCCAUGGUCUUCAACAUCGGUGUUUUGGUUGGACCAAUCCUUGGUGGCGUGCUUGCAGAUCCAUUUGCCAGCUACCCAGCUCUUUUCGGACCAGACUCAACAUUUGGUGGCAAACAUGGGGUGCAGUGGAUGAAGCAAUAUCCUUAUGCACUCCCCAACCUUACAAGUGCCGUCUUUCUGUGCCUGUCAUUCUUGGCCGUUCUUUUCUUUCUUGAAGAGACGGGCGAGCUAUGCAAACAUAAACCGGACCCAUGUCUGCGCGUUGGCCGAUGGAUACGUCGAGCUGUUUUUCGACAGAAACUCACAUCUGAGGCUGGGUACAGCGCCGUUCCAGAAGAUGACUUCGAACUACAGUCCACACCAACAUCGGCACAUGCAGAGGGCUUCGACAGUUUUGACAAGCCGAGCAACAUAGUUCAGCAGCAGUUACCGUUCCGUCGCAUAUGGACACGAAACCUCGUAAUGACGUUAUUCGCUCACGGCGUUCUUCAUAUGCAUUUAGGAACCUUCAAUGGCCUUUGGACCAUCCAUCUCUCUACACCUCGUUUCGACCCCGCCAAUCCAUAUCCUCCAGGCCUGGUGCCUCACGGUCUAUACUUUACUGGAGGUCUGGCCAUGCCUCCAGCGCGUAUCGGCAUAUCACUUGCUAUCAUUGGCGCCAUCGGUAUACCAUUGCAAGUUUUGGUGUACCCGAAAGUGGCGCAUCGUCUAGGAACAACAAAGUGUUAUCGCGUUUUCCUUGCUCUCUUUCCAUUGAUGUAUACGAUUGCUCCCUUCCUCAGCUUGGUACCCAGCUGGACGUCACCCCCCAAUGGCGCAAGUGGACCUUGGAUUUGGAUCGCUAUUACGUGCGCCUUGUUCAUACAAGUACUCGCUCGCACGUUCGCGUUGCCCUGCACAGCCAUACUCGUCAACAACGUCAGCCCCCAUCCGUCCGUUCUAGGGACUAUUCAUGGAAUAGGUCAGUCGGUAUCCAGCCUCACGCGAACAAUUGGACCAAUACUCUUCUCUUGGGUGUUCGGUAAAGGACUCGACAUGGGUAUAAUAAGUCUAGCGUGGUGGUGUAUGGCUGCUGUUGCUGUCGCUGGGUGGGCACUCGCACAAGGUGUUCGAGAAGGGGAUGGGCAUGAGAUACUGCUUGAAGGAGAGAAGAAAGAACCCAACUGA